AUGUCCCAAGUGGUGGACUCUGUCCUGAAGACCGUGUGGCCAGCAGUGCGGCAGCCUCCCGGUUCUGGGGCCAGGCAGAUCCAGGAGGCGCUGACCCCCAGCCAUCUGAAGAAGGCCAAGCUGAUGUUUUUCUUCACCCGCUACCCCAGCUCCACUCUGCUGAAAACCUACUUCCUUGACGUGCAGUUCAGCCGCUGCAUCACCUCCCAGCUUAUCAAGUGGUUCAGCAACUUCCGAGAGUUUUACUACAUCCAGGUGGAGAAGUUUGCCCGGCAGGCUUUGCUGGAGGGCGUCACGGAUGCCGGUGCCCUCCGAGUCUCCCGGGACUCGGAGCUCUUCCGUGCCCUCAACACGCACUAUAACAAGGGAAAUGACUUCGAGGUGCCGGGGCGGUUCCUGGAGGUGGCCAGUCUGACGCUGCGGGAGUUCUUCAGCGCCGUCAGGGCAGGCAAGGAUGCUGACCCCUCCUGGAAGAAACCCAUUUACAAAAUCAUUUCCAAACUGGACAGUGACAUCCCGGAAGGGUUCAAAGCUGCUGGCUGCUCCCAGGAACUGCUCCGCAGCUGA